AAUACUAAAACUCCGCUCACAUGGGACACCGGGCCAUGCAAAACGAAGUCGACCACUGUUGCAGACUGCAAACCGUUCUACAAAACAUUUUAUUUUUUAAAUCUUCCACUCUAAUAUAUUUUGACUUGUUGUUAUAGAUUACACGCCUAGACUAUUUGAAAGAUUGGACGUCGGUUGAAACCAUGUAUCUAGGUAUGUUUCAAGGAAGGACACUUUUAUUCACUUGACAGCUAGUUGCCAAAAUAUGAGGACAUAGGUUUGUUAGUGCGCAAGCAACUAAAGCUCCGCCUUCCGAGGUGGGAUUUUUGUUUACGUUCUCCUCCCACCAAAGCAAAGGGAAGGAGUUGGUGUUCAUAAACAAGUCUGUAUCAAAACAAUUACAGAUCAGUUAUAGUUUCGUGCUAACCGUCGGCCAAUAUACAUUUGUCAGGUAAGAAAAUAAUACAUUGUAGCCUUCAACAUUGUGCGAGAGGUUUUAUCCGUGUAGCAGCCUUUGUUCAUGUGUAGCCUAGACACUUUUCCUUAGCCUACUAUCUAUCCAUUGCAUGUUUUUAUUGAUUUCUACAUCCCAAAAGUGUCCUAUAGGCCAACGUGUUAGUUUGGUAGACUACCAUGUAAUUGUAACCAUGUCAUGUGUCAUUUUGAAUGUAGGUUAGGUUAUUUGUUUGAUUGUCAGUGAAUUACAUAAAGGCAGUUCUUAAUUAUUAACUUAUUUAUUGAAGUUUAAACGCAAUUAAUGCCAUAUCAAGUUCACCCAAACUACUCUCCUAUGUGUUUAUGUUUAAUUAUUUAAUUGUUUCUAUCACACAUUUAUUAUAUAUUGAAUAGGGCUAAUGUAAGGAUUCUCUUACAUGUCUUUAAACUUCCUACUUAUGGACUUUUUGAUGGCACACGAGAAAAGAUGUAAACAAUACAUUUUGCACCUUAUGAGUUAAUUCUGUCUGGGCACUAUUGGAUCUUCCCUUGCUGGCAGGCUGGGGUGUAGCUGUUUAUUGACAGUAUAGGCAGUCCACCAAGUGUCAAGUCCACCAAGGCAUUCAAAGACCGUGGCUGUCUGGACAGCCCGUGGUCUAAAAGUGGAUGUUGUUGUGUUCUGUCUAGUCUGACACCUCAAGCCUGAAAGACAUACAAAUACUGUGUAUACCUGAUUGUUUUUAUAGGCCUAUUUGACUAGAAAUUUAGGCCUUUUACAUAAAAUUAUAUACACUAAAAUGUAUGUAUGUAUUCAUUUUUUACAAACCAGUUGUUUUCACCAUAGUUUGGCCAAUUGGCUUCAUAUUCACUACAUUAGUUUAUUCAUAACAUAUCUUAAGAUUCAGGCUUGAAAUGAGAUUGCUGGUCAGAAAGGAUGCCAUGUCCUCCAGUCUGCAGAUCGCUUCCAAGGGGCAUGCUGUUCCUGAUUCUGCUGUGCUGGCAGGGUCAUUAACCCAGGACCCAAUGUUAAACACGAAAGGUCAUAAUGUAAGGCGUUGUUCAGUGUCUGCUUUCUGGAAUAAUUUCAGAUCUAUUUUCUGAGUGGCGCAGCGGUCUAAGGCACUGCAUCUCAGUGCUUGAGGCGUCACUACAGACCCCCUGGUUCGAUUCCAGGCUGUAUCACAACCGGCCGUGAUUGGGAGUCCCAUAGGGCGGCGCACAAUUGGCCCAGCGUCGUCCGGGUUUGGCCGGUGUAGGCCGUCAUUGUAAAUAAGAAUUUGUUCUUAACUGACUUGCCUAGUUAAAUAAAUGUUAAAUAAAUAAAAUUAUUUAAAAACAGAUAUGUGGAUAUUAAACUACACAUGCCUUUUCAGGUUGUGCUGUUUUCUUGCAUUUUAUGCAAUGUUUUACCAAGAUCAGUUUAGCAAUUUUACCAGUUUAGCAAUAAUUGUAUCCGUUUAGCAAUGUUUUACCUUAUAGGGGACACAUACUAUAACACUAUGUUAACUCAUUUUCUUUGCAGACUGCAAUAAGAGGGCUAAGGGAGGCAAAACAUAUACACAAUGAUUGGAAAGAUACUUGCCCAUUUCCUUGGUAGCACAGAUUACGAUUUUCCCACAGAUGACAAUGAAACCUAUGAGGAGCUCAUUGAGUUUGAGGAGGGAGGAUGGGUCGUUAUCAACAUUCAAGGUAAGCCGAUAAUUAUGUUCCCUGAAAGUUGAAAUCACAAGUUAGUUGUUACACUGGUAUGGCCAUUGUUGUCUGCAGUUACUUGUUUUGUAACUGGUAGCAUUGUAGGUACUUGGAUAGUAGAUCUAAUGGUCACUAUUAGAGGUCUUGCUAGUGUUUUUCCUCUUUGGUCUCGGUUUAGUAAAUUUGUGGUCUGAUGUUUCCAGAGAACAACUCCCUGAGCCCCCCUGAGGAAGACCCUUUGGAGAACCUGCUGAUUGAGCAUCCCAGUAUGUCUGUAUACCAGAUCAGACACCAGACCAGCGAUGAGGAAGAUUCAGAUGAAAAUAAUGCUUCUCCCAGGUCAGUUUUCAUCCAGGGGAUCCAUCUACUUAGUUAGUGUGAUAACACAACCAUUAUCCUAGAGAAAAGGAGUGUCACAUUUUACAGUUAUUCUGUACUUUUCCCCCCUGCAGGUCUGUGCCAGUCCAACAGCAUGUGUCCUGGAGGCUAGCUGCCUGGGGAAGCCCACUUCCAUGCAACAUCCACCUGCUUGCCAUACAGCGAGCCAGGACUCACAUGGAGUGCAAGAAGCUGACCAGGAGUGCUCUCCAGAGACAGAACCUUGCCAAGAUGCGCUUCUCCCCCUCUGACAGACGCUUUGGUCACUUCAAACAACCCUGCCAGCGUCUGUACAACUACUGAGUGUCUGAGUAACCACGCCACUGUCUGAAGCCACUUAACAUACAGACCUUAGACCUAUGACAUCAUGACUUUGUGAAUCUCUUUACCCUGAUCAGUGGAACCCCCUUAGCUGAGUAUGUUAUUAACAUACUGAGCCCAGUUUGAGAGUGAAAUAGCCUUGAGUAGAUGUGUGUGCAUGUGAAAAGUAUUAUAACUGGCUUGUUACUGUUAAGUCUUAUGGCUCUGAUGAAAACGUUUGAUGUACUGUAUGAAAUGCAAAAUGUUUUAGCGUUUGCAAAUAUGAUUUUGAUAGGAUAUGGAAUACUUUGUUUUUAUUACUUUGUGUGCCUUAGAUACGUUGUGGGUAUACAUUUUAGUCAUUUAGCAAACGCUCUUAUCCAGAGCGAUUUAC